AUGGCUUCCGCGGGACCCGCUACAGCAGAUGGGGGUGCUGGCCACUCCCAUGCUGCUUCCGGGCACCACCUACACGCAACAAACGUCCAGUCGAAGCGCCGCACUAUGAUCGCAACACCGACUGGCCAGUGGUCAUUGGGCAAAACUUUGGGAGCGGGUAGUAUGGGUAAAGUCAAGGUUGGCAAGCACUUGGAGACCGGGGAACAGGUCGCUAUCAAGAUCGUACCUAGACAGUCGACAGAGGAACACAGAAGUCAGCGGGAGGCCGAGCGGGCGGACCGCUCAAAAGAAGUUCGGACAGCUCGCGAGGCGGCCAUUGUCAGCCUUGUGAAUCACCCCUACAUCUGCGGUAUGCGCGACGUGGUACGGACAAAUUACCACUGGUAUAUGCUUUUUGAGCUGGUCAAUGGUGGUCAGAUGCUGGACUACAUAAUCUCUCACGGCAAGUUGAAAGAGAAACAGGCGAGAAAGUUCGCACGCCAAAUCGCAAGUGCAUUGGACUACUGCCAUCGCAAUAGCAUUGUGCACCGCGACUUGAAAAUCGAAAAUAUUCUCAUCAGCAAGACCGGAGAUAUAAAGAUUAUUGAUUUUGGCCUUAGCAACCUUUUCUCUCCCAGAAGCCUUUUGAAGACAUUUUGUGGCAGUCUCUACUUCGCAGCACCUGAGCUGCUUCAGGCAAGGCAGUAUACUGGCCCAGAAGUUGACGUCUGGAGUUUUGGAAUCGUGCUCUACGUCCUAGUGUGCGGCAAGGUUCCGUUUGAUGACCAGAGCAUGCCGAAGCUUCAUGCAAAAAUAAAAUCGGGCGUGUUCGAAUAUCCCCCUGGGCUCACUGCUGAAUGCCGCCAUAUCAUCUCGCGAAUGCUGGUAACGGACCCCAAGCAACGCGCAAGCUUGACUGAAAUCAUGAACCAUCCAUGGAUGAAUAAAGGGUUCAGCGGACCGCCUGAUAACCACCUUCCGCAUCGCGAACCACUACAGCUUCCUUUGGACCCAGAGGUGAUAGAGAAGAUGACUGGGUUUGAAUUUGGGAAACCAGAAUAUAUUACGGCACAACUCACCAAAAUCAUAGAGUCUGAAGAAUAUCAGCAUGCAAUCGCACUAAAUGCCCGUGAACAUCCUGUUCCGGCCCACACCGAUAAGAAGCGUGGCGUGUUUGAUUUCUACAAGCGGCGGAACUCGGCUAGCAGGGACACUCUUUCAGCGCCUUCAGCAGAAGCUGUCCAGUUGGGUAAUGAUCCUCUGAAUGCAUACAGUCCCUUGUUGUCUGUAUAUUAUCUUGUCAAGGAAAAGCUGGACAGAGAAAGAAGCGAGUCCAAUCCAGGGGCUCUCAGCAUCGCCCAAGCCCCUGGGGAUAUGCUUCAAGUACCUGAUCUUGCACCUCCGGAAGCCGCUCAUACAAACCAGUAUCAAGUGCCUGGAGAGAAGGAUACUGGAAGGCGAUCACGACCGCGCGCGAGAACCCAUGGUGAUGAUGAAAUUACAGAAGGCAUGAAGAAUGCCAGCCUUGCACCAAAUCAUGCCCAAGCCUCCCACAGCCCUGCCGCAUCUCAACCAGACACUCCAGCCAAAAAAGAAAGCACUGCUGCUGGUCUUUUGAGACGCUUUAGCACGCGAAGAACGAAGGACCGCAGCCGUGACCGCGAACGGUCAAGACUGGCGAGCCCUCAUCAGCCGUCGCUCAAUGUGCAGCCGCCAGCCGAUUCUGCUUCCCCACUUUCAAGAGGGUUCAGCAUGCGGAAAAACCGCCGUACAGAACCGUCAGCGACCGCGAUUCCGUCAACGGGUAGUCAGCCCCAACAUCAAGAUCUCCUUAAGACUCCUGGAUCGGUAGAGCCGGCCUCGCGAUCCAACAAGUACUUGGAGAGGUCAAUCAGUGUCAGCUCAGGAGAACCCCGGCAUCGGCGGUCCCGUCGAACUGAAGGCGAUUCUGGGAGCCAGCCGCCGCAAACCAGCGGCUCAGAAUACUCGGCCGUGCCAAAGGACUCAACAGCUGGGCGCGAACAGAAGAUAGCACCGCGUACGCACGCUAGCCGGACAAUGUCUCUUGGCCACGCUCGGCGUGAAAGCAUACAGGCCCGUAGGGCUCGACGGGACGCUGCAAGAGAGGCAAAUGUCCCUGAAGAGACGGACGGAGAAAUUUCUGGACCCGGGGCUGCAUUGGAGAGUGCAAAUGAAGAGGACCUGUCCAAACCAGUCUAUCUAAAAGGCCUAUUUAGUGUUUCUACCACCAGCAGCAAGCCACUUGCCUUUAUUAGGGCCGAUAUCAUCCGGGUUCUGAAACAGCUUGCUGUUGACUAUGUUGAAAUCAAAGGCGGCUUCAGCUGCCGUCAUGCGCCCAGCAUUGAGUUGGACAAGGUUGUUGAUAAUGGACCUCCAAGUCCCGAGCGACAGGGUCAAGUCUCCAAUCACCGUCGCCGGAUCAGCUUGGGUGGCCUUUUGAACCAUGACGAUGGCCGCGAGGAGCUCGCUCGAACCACAACUCGCCGCCGUCACCGGGCGCCAGAUCGUAGCUUUGUUUCCAAUUCUGAAGUAUCAGAUGAAUACCUUGAAACCCGCGAUACCACAGUGACGAGUGGGGAGCGUGUCGUUGGGGAGACGACCACCCGAGUGCAGAGUGAUACAGGCGGGAACCUAGUCCUCCGAUUCGAGAUCCUCAUUGUCAAAGUGCCGCUUUUCUCGCUCCACGGUAUUCAAUUCAAGAAGGUGUCAGGAGGCAUGUGGCAAUACCGAGAGAUGGCGAAAAAGAUUUUGGAUGCUCUGCGACUCUAAUGUCUCAAUAAGGGC